AGCUUCAAAAGCGCCGAAACGCGAUUGGUUGAACCCGGGUGUCAUAUCAUUCGCGGAUGAAUUAGGCAGCGGGUUUUAGAUUCAAGAGAUUGGACAUGAAUAGAUUAUUACCAAGGUAUUAAUGAUGGAUGGUAAUGCUGGUGGACCUACUGUAGCUGAGCCACCUUAACCCAAUACGAUCUUCCUUUCAGGGACCCCCGACCGCUCAGCCCUAGCGAAGGAUAUCGAAGCGAAGUCGUUCUCGGUUAAAGAUCGCGCUCGUUCUCGCGUCCUUAGAUUCAAUCAUGGCGUCCGGUUCCAAUCUUCCGCUUCCCCGCAAAGCACCGAAACUCGGGCAUAAGAAAUCCAUGUUCGGUUGUCAGCGUUGCCGAGCUAGAAGAGUAAAGGUGGUAUGCAACGAGGAAAAGCCGACCUGUCAUAACUGCAAGCGACACGGCAUGCCUUGCAUCUACGAUCGCGAUGCAUCCGUAAAAGCAGCCUUAAGGAAGCCGACCAUAGCUCAGUUACCUACCUACAGGCUUGAGGAAAGCGACCCGCCGGAAAGUCGCACGCGGCGAAUGAUAGAGAUGAGGUUGAUGCAUCAAUAUGUUGUUGAAACAGGAGAAACACUUGCCAUUGACCACCACACUAGUGGUUUAUUCUCUCGGGUGGUUCCGAAAUUUGCCCUAGAGUCCGAUGGCUUAUUAUAUUCCAUGUACACCAUCUCAGCCCUACACCUAGCAAAGCUUGGUAAAAGCGAAGAAAUCGUAGGUGGCGCCGAGAACGCUGCUAAUACAUACUUCUCCAUGGCCGUUCGGGAACAUAAUAGAGAGCUGUCAAAUGUUAACAAGCAAACGGCAGAUGCGGUCUGCUUAACAUCUUGUUUGAUAAGGGGCGUCGCACUCCUCCAGCUCGAAGGUCGAAGUUAUCAACCUUACACACCGCCGUGGCAAUGGCUCGCUUUAAUACAGGCCUCCACAUCAACAUUCGUCGAGGUAAUAAAGCGAACGGGUCCAGAUCCCCAGUCGCCAAUCUUCCAAUUAAUUAAGGAUACUCGCGAUAUACACAACAACGGAAAACUAUCAGGCGUAGGGGAUUACCAGAGAUGGCAACAUCUGAUGGACCGCCCCGAGGAGAUUCGAGCUAUCGAGCCUUGGGAUGAAGAAAUCCAAGUUACCUAUCAGCGUAUACUUACUUACAUGUGUACUAUCCUUGAUCUAAUAGACGGGCAAGGGCUGUCAUGUACCGUCUUAAGGAUGUUAAUUAUGUUUCCUAUGUUAGUGGGACGACGAUUCGUCGAACUAGUUCAGGAAGAAUCUCCAAGGUCUAUGGUCAUACUCGCUCACUACUUCGCGCUGCUAACGAGGUUUGAGAACAUCUGGUGGGUUGCCAAUAUAGGAGCUGAUGAGCUCCGCGCAAUCGCUGGCGUACUGCCUGACGUGUGGCAGGGUAUGCUCGCCUGGCCACUGGAAGCUAUAGAAAACAAAGAAUUUUAGUGUUGAUGGGCGUCCUCAUUAAUUCAAACUUGUAGUAUUACGUGGGGCCGUCGCCAAGCAAUUUUAGCACAUCGUUCUCGUCCUCGUUCUCGUUCUCGCUUUCGCUCACAUCACUAAGAUCUCGUCGUCAAUAUUUACAUCUACCAAACAAUCUGAAUAUUCGUUCCAUGAACAGCAUAUGCCUGCGCCUCCAGCA